AAGUGAUAAGUCAGAAAGUCGUUUAGAGGAUAAUAGUGGUUUUGGUGAUGGAGAUAGCCGUUCAUGUCGUGGUGAUCAUUCCUUAAUGGGAGGUAACUCCUUCAGUAAAUGGAAUUCUGUGUAUAGUAAAAACAUCCCCGUAGCCAACGUAUCGCCGAUGGUGCACGGCCAUAGCACAACGUCAUCAAAAACAAAAGUUGACGUCACUAGACCGGAGUCAUGUGACCAUUUUAAAUGUGACAUCGAUCCAAAUAAGCCCGUUGACCAGAAACCGUCCAGUAUCAGUGUCAGUGAAACGUUUGGUGAUAUCAAGUUUGACGAGCGUUUUAUUGACGACGAUUUGCUAGUGUUAGAUAAAAAUGACGUUUCGACUUUUUCAAGAUCACGUAACAUGAUGAAAAGUUUAAAUCGACAGAAGCAAUUAUCAGAUGAACAGGCAAACGAGCGUAAAACUGUGAUAUCCGACUGUCCUGUCCAGUCUGACGUGGAUGAGGAAGACUCAAUCCACGAGCGGAAAUAUUGUACAUCUCGAUCACAAUCGGCGGACAAGUCUCGAUCAUCCUCGGCCGACAAAUCGCGGUCGUCCUCGGCCGACAAGACUCGAUCUCUGCUAGCGGAAAUCGCCAAUUCUGACGGCUAUGUGGCGGAGUCCAAGGUCAAGGCCAAGACUGAUGACCUCUUAACCGAUGACCCGGCAACACUUGGUCGGGAGGAGAGAGCUUUAUUGAGAGCUAUAAAACGGUUUGAGGAAAUGGAAGAGAGACCCGACCUACCCCCGUCAUCUCCUAAACCCGCGAAACAAUCUAACACUAAACUCAAGGUAAGUAAAAUCAAACAACAGACUCAAGGACCUCGCGUACUAAUAUUCCAUUUAUUCUUGUCAGUUAAUCCACAGCCACCAGUUAUUUAAGGUGCAGCAGAAUGUUUGUUUUUUACCCCAAAUGUAUGUUGCAAUCCUAAAAACGUUAAGAGAAUGAAAGACAUUCCUCAUAGUUACAUUGUAUUUAAUCAACAUCGUUUUGGGUCUUUCAAACAAUUUCAAUAAAUAUCAGAAUAUUCUUAUACGCACAGAAACACGCCUGUUGCAACAGCGACAAUUGAUUACACAGCCAGUCUAUUUCCGCGGGAAUCGUGGCAUAUACUUGAUGUAUCUAUGGCAACAAGCUAGCGACAUACACAAACCCAAAUAGUACCAUGGAGACAAUACUUAGAAACACUAUGGAAUAAUAGUGAAUUGCAUUUCAAUAUAUUAGGUACAACAUUACGUGGGUGCAUAUUUUACCUCGGUUGUACUAUUUUCGUGUAUUCCUCGUCCUUUUUUGGUGACGUCACAAAUUGUAUAUUAUUGGGAAAUAAUUAACAUAGGACACAAGGUUAAUCUAGGCACUGUGCAAAACAAAUGAUAUUUCAAACUUAUAAAUACAUAUUAAAUAACCAA